UAUAUGCCUGAAUGUCCAGUCCAACUGCUAGGACGUGAUUUGUUGUCUAAAUUACAAGCACCGAUAACGUUUCUACCUAAUGGAACAACAUCUUUAAAGUUCAACGGACCUUCAGGUAUAAUGACAAUAUCUGUACCAAAGGAAGAAGAGUGGCGACUUUAUACAGCGUUGACUAGCCAAAACCCUAAGAGUGAUGAAUCCUUGUUCAAUAUACCAGGAGUGUGGGAAGAGAACAACCCACCAGGACUUGCUCGCAAUAUCCCACCAAUUCGAAUCGAACUGAAACUUGGGGUCUAUCCAGUGAGCUUAAGGCAAUAUCAUAUCCCACAAAAGGCCAAGAAGAACAUACAAUCAUAUUUGGAUAAGUUCAUAAGGUAUGGUAUCCUAAAAUUCUGUACUUCCCCCUGGAACACCCCAUUGCUGCCUGUUCAAAAGCCCGGUACAGAUGAGUAUCGCCCUGUGCAGGACUUGAGAGCAGUCAAUGAUGCAGUCGUAAGUAUACAUCCAGUUGUGCCCAAUCCAUAUAACCUGCUUGCUUUAAUUCCGGGCGGGGCUACCUAUUUCACUGUCUUAGAUCUCAAAGAUGCCUUCUUUUGCCUUCGAAUUGCUGCGGAAAGCCAGUGUAUCUUCGCAUUCCAAUGGGAAAAUGCUGUAACGGGCUCGGAACGCCAGAUGACUUGGACAAGACUGCCCAAAGGGUUUAAAAAUUCACCUACCCUAUUUGGAUCAGCUUUAAGUCAAGACUUACUGGAU